AUGAUUAGGGACUUUGGAACUCUUAAGAAGCUCGGCAUGGUGGGAGAACACGCUAAGAUUCGCGUCUUGAGUGAGAUGGAGGAGGACGUCGUCGAUGACGUCGAAGAGGAGCAGAAGCGACCAGCGUCACCAGGCACGCGCGCUUCGGAGCAAAAGGAUUCUCGUGAGUCGGAGAAUGAGGACGACGACGACGAUGAAGAAGGCGGUGCCGAUGCGGAGGAGGAGGAGGAGGAGGAGGAUGAUGACUUUGGCGUUAUAUCAGUUAUUCCUGCUUCGCGCUCCAAAAAGGAAGACCCAGAUCCUCUCACCCCGGAGAAGGGAGACAACGAGGCCAACAAGCCUGCCGAGAGUGCGCGUCGGGAUGCCACGUCGCCAGCCAAAGCGACGCCACUGGAACGCUCUGAGGGGAAGAAGACGAGCUCCCCAUCAAAGCAGUCUCCGACAAACGGCGACGCAGCGGAGGUACAUGCCCACGCUCCCGAUGCUGAUCCGAAAACGGACACUGCCGACGAAAACCAAGCAGCACCAACUCCAGCUGCAACCGAGGACAAGAUGGAAGAGUUUUACAAGAAAGGCACCGGUCCGGAUGGUCUGCUCAUGCUGACGCGUAAGCAGAGCCUUCGCGUGUGCGCAUGUUGCGGUGGCUUCAUAAGCCUUGUAGACGCCGAGUCUCGUCUACUUUCUCACUACGGCGGUAAGUCCCAUCAUUCACUGGUGCAAUUGCGGCAGAAGGUCGCGGACCUCGAGAACGAAAUAGCCCUCGAGCGACGCCUGGGGACUGAAUUGUCUCCCCGCGGGUUUGAACGGGGCCGUCGCGCCGAGUCUGACACUAACCGCUCGCGUGGAGACGAGCGUCGACCGAGCCACGGUGGCUCGAGAGACCGGUACAGAGGGCGCCACGACAGGGACGACGCCCAUGACCGCUAUGCCGGCGCCGAUCGCUACGCCGCCCCGCACCACCGCCGCGACGAGGGGUGGAGGCCGCGCGAGCCGAGGUACCGAGGGCGAGAAGAGGACGCCAGACUGCAUCCACGGUACGCAUAUGAUCGCAAGCGGUACAGAUCCAGAUCUCCCACACGCAACCACAGACGCCACCGCCACCGCUAUUAGGGCGCCCGCACGGACGGCGCGAGGGUUUUCACUUACUUCCUUUGCUGUUUGCCGUUGUAGGAAGUCGAGAGCGCGUAGAAGAGUGGCUUGGACGCUCGCAGAUUGCCGCAUGCCAAUCCGGUACGAAAAAGUGAAGUUGCCUUUGUGACUCUCGUUUUGAACGGU